CCGCCGCGCGGUAUCCGCCCCUCACCUGACUUUACAGCGGAUUGCAGACUGCUGGGGCUUAGGGUGGUGUCGCGGCCGCCAAACGUCCCCGCCGAGCCUCCUUUUCUAGCUGGUGGUUCUUCUCGGCCGGGUCCAGGUGGGGGGGGAGGGGGUGGAAAAUGGCGCCGGCGCCCCAAGGCGUCCGUGAGGAGCCGCAGCUGGAGCGUCGGUGCGGACGGCUUGGUCGGCUCCUGCUCGCCGUCCAGGCCGCCCUCCUCCUGCUGCCGGCCUCCGGGGCAAGCCUCUGCCCCGCGCCUUGCUCCUGCCGCGCCGCUCUGCUGGAUUGCAGUCGCAGGAAAGUGCCCGCCCCGAGCUGGAGGGCGCUGUCGCGCCCGCUGCCCCCCGACGCCACCAGCCUGGAUUUGAGUCAUAAUCGGUUGUCUAACUGGAACAUCAGCUUGGAAUCUCAAACAUUACAAGAAGUGAAAAUGAAUUAUAAUGAGCUAACAGAAAUUCCUUAUUUUGGAGAACUGACAUCUAAUAUUACUGUACUUUCAUUAGUUCAUAAUAUAAUCCCAGAAAUAAAUGCAGAGGUGUUCCAGUUUUACCCUACUCUUGAGAGUUUAGAUCUCAGCUCAAACAUAAUAUCAGAAAUCAAGACAUCUUCAUUUCCUCGAAUGCACCUUAAAUACCUAAAUUUGAGUAAUAAUAGGAUAACUACCUUGGAGGCUGGUUGCUUUGAUAAUUUAUCAAGCUCCUUAUUAGUGGUAAAGUUAAACCGAAACAGAAUUAGCAUGAUUCCACCCAAGAUCUUCAAGCUACCUCACCUUCAAUUCUUGGAACUUAAAAGAAACAGGAUUAAAGUUGUGGAAGGCCUCACAUUCCAAGGACUUGACUCCUUAAGAUCUUUGAAAAUGCAGCGGAAUGGAAUUAGUAAACUUAAGGAUGGAGCUUUUUUUGGCUUGGAUAACAUGGAAGAACUAGAGCUGGAGCAUAAUAACCUCACGGAAGUGAGCAAGGGGUGGCUGUAUGGAUUGCGAAUGUUACAACAACUCUAUGUGAGCCAGAAUGCUGUUGAAAGAAUCAGCCCCGAUGCAUGGGAGUUUUGUCAAAGACUGUCUGAACUUGAUUUAUCUUAUAACCAGUUGACUCGCCUGGAUGAAUCUGCCUUUGUGGGUUUGAGCUUACUGGAGAGAUUGAAUUUAGGGGAUAACAGAAUAACUCACAUAGCUGAUGGUGUAUUCAGGUUUCUUUCCAAUCUUCAGAUACUAAAUUUAAGAAACAAUGAAAUUUCAUGGGCCAUAGAAGAUGCUAGUGAAGCCUUUGCUGGACUCACAAGUCUCACUAAAUUAAUCUUACAAGGAAAUCAGAUUAAGUCAAUUACAAAGAAAGCAUUCAUUGGCCUUGAAUCCCUUGAGCAUCUAGAUUUGAACAACAAUGCCAUAAUGUCUAUCCAGGAAAAUGCUUUUUCUCAGACACGCUUGAAAGAGUUGAUUCUGAACACAAGUAGUUUGCUUUGUGACUGCCAUUUGAAGUGGUUGCUUCAGUGGCUGGUUGAUAACGACUUUCAGCAUUCUGUGAAUGUAAGCUGUGCACACCCUGAGUGGCUGGCAAGACAGAGCAUCCUAAAUGUGGAUCUGAAAGAUUUUGUCUGUGAUGAUUUUCUGAAGCCACAGAUAAGAAGGCACCCUGAAACCACAAUUGCUCUGCGAGGCAUGAAUGUGACCCUGACAUGCACUGCAGUGAGCAGCAGUGAUUCCCCCAUGUCUGCCGUGUGGCGCAAGGACAGUGAAAUCUUAUAUGAUGCUGAGAUUGAGAACUUUGUUCGCUAUCAGCAGCAAGCUGGAGAAGCUCUGGAAUAUACUAGUGUCUUACAUCUUUUUAAUGUGAAUUUCACAGAUGAAGGAAAAUAUCAGUGCAUCGUAACUAAUCACUUUGGUUCUAAUUAUUCUUACAAAGCCAAACUGACUGUGAAUGAAAUGCCAUCUUUUCUGAAAACUCCAAUGGAUCUAACUAUUCGCACUGGUGCCAUGGCCAGACUAGAAUGUGCUGCAGAAGGGCACCCUGCGCCACAGAUCUCCUGGCAGAAAGAUGGCGGCACUGACUUUCCUGCUGCUCGAGAACGGCGCAUGCAUGUCAUGCCCGAGGACGAUGUCUUCUUCAUCGCAAAUGUGAAAAUAGAAGACAUGGGGGUAUACAGCUGCAUGGCCCAAAACACGGCAGGCGGCCUCUCGGCGAACGCCUCUCUCACGGUCUUGGAAACACCUUCAUUUGUCAGACCACUGGAGGACAAGACAGUGACCCGGGGAGAAACUGCAGUGUUACAGUGCAUAGCUGGAGGGAGUCCUGCGCCCCGCCUCAACUGGACCAAAGAUGACGGGCCACUCCUCGUGACAGAACGGCACUUCUUUGCUGCAGCCAACCAGCUUCUCAUCAUUGUGGAUGCUGGGCUGGAAGAUGCUGGAAAAUACACCUGCAUUAUGUCUAACACCCUUGGGACAGAACGCGGUCACAUUUACCUGAAUGUCAUUUCAUCCCAGAAUUGUGACUCUUCCCAGAGUAGCAUUGGGCAUGAAGAUGACGGCUGGACCACGGUUGGCAUUGUCAUCAUUGUUGUGGUCUGCUGUGUUGUGGGCACCUCUUUGAUCUGGGUCAUUGUUAUUUACCACAUGAGAAGGAAAAAUGAAGACUACAGCAUCACAAACACAGAGGAACUUAAUCUGCCUGCAGACAUUCCCAGCUACUUGUCUUCCCAAGGAACUCUGUCUGAGCCCCAGGAAGGCUACAGCAACUCUGAGGCAGGCAGCCAUCAGCAACUUAUGCCUCCUGCCAACGGAUACUUACACAAAGGCCCUGAUGGUGGCGCUGGUACUCGGGUCAUCUGCUCUGACUGUUACGACAACGCUAACAUCUACUCCAGGACCCGAGAAUACUGUCCGUAUACCUAUAUUGCCGAGGAGGAUGUUCUGGAUCAGACUCUGUCUGGCCUUAUGGUCCAGAUGCCUAAAGAGGCAUAUCUGGCACACCCUCCCCAAGAUGCCCCUGCCAUGGAGAAUCUGGUGUCUUCAGCAGAGAGAGAGACGACUGCCUUUCCCACCAACCACGAGAGGAUAAAUGAGAAGAAACUCUCUUCCACACAGAUGAGCAGCGAAACAUUGCAGCGACCUCUGUGGGGCUUGGGCAAAGAGCUCGGUCUGUCUCGUCUUCCCUUCUCCCAGCAGCCAGGCCUGGAGUCGCCGCAGCUCCGUCCGAGUCAGGGCCUAGCAGUGAGUGACCCAGACUGUGCUGCCUCCCCAGUGCCCUGUCACAGGCUGCAUGACCAUACUUUUGAUUUUAGUAGGACUCGGAGCAUUCAAGAUGGUAGCAAGGGCACAUGAAAGUGACUCCUGGAGAAAUCUGGGCAAAGACGCUACUUAAUUAAUGUUGUAUUUACUACCUCAGAGUUCAGAAGAAACCCCAGAGUCAGCAUUUGCUUUACUCUUUGUGAGAUCUGACUAGAAAAAGGUGGGUCAGGCAUUUGCUUGGACCUGAUGAAGAAAGGGUAACAGCUGACAGAAAUGGGGAAACCGACUAAAUGUGUGCAGCACUGGCAGAGGGGGGGCCGGUGCAGAUCUGCCUCCUGGUGCGGCUCCAGGGCUGUGCCAAGUAUGUGGGGUCACCAGGGAGAGUCGUUGCUGCUCAGCACGCUGGUGUCUCAACUCCCAGAGUAACCUGGAGGAAACAUCACUGCUCGAUUUGGCCUUUCAAGAAACAAACAUAACUGUUGCCCUCUGGGAAGUGUGCCUGGAUGCUUCCAUGGGUUUAAAAAUAUAAUUGAGACCGGGGCUUUGAUAUUCAAGGUCUUUGACAAGGAUUCCAGGCUUGACCAACUGUUAACAGGUCAAGGGGUUUUGUAUUCUUGUGAAUAUUUUUUUUUAAUGGUCACUGUCACUUAGGGACCUUACUGUAAAUAGAUGUGCAUUUAUAAAUAAUUUUUGUACUCAUCAACCAUAUGUAUUUGACUGCAAUGUAAAUAUUUUUGAUAUGCCAAAAUUAUCUAUGAUAUUCACUUAAUAUUGACAGCGACUUCUCAGAUCACAGAUUUUGUAUAACUUGGUUUGCUGAGAUCUAAAGGCUUUGUCUAAAGUGUUAAAAAACCGUAUUUGUUAAGCAGUACAUGUUUAAAGGCAGGGUACGUAGUGAUUGCACACAUGGUCUUGGUCUACUUUCUUCACACCUGAAGGCGCAUACAUGUAAUCAUUUGCUGUCUGUAGCUGGGUUCAGCCACCUUUUAAGAAUAAAAAGUCUCAUUCCAAAAAAUAGCAGACUUGUUAUAGGCCAUAUGCACACAGACAGAGGAGAACUGGUUUGGGACUGUCUUUCAGCAAGUACUUAGUUGACAAGGAAACCAAAGAUUGUUUCUUUUUUGUGUUUUAAAAAAUUAUUUUUUUCCUACCAGCCCUCCCUGGUGGCGCAGGGGA